UCCUGCAGGAGCGGCGCUUGCCAGACCUCGCCAGUUCAGACCCACGGGGCUGCCCUCCCCUCUGCACUCCCCUCGCUGCCUGGGCCUGGAGCGCAGCGCGGCCGCGCAGAUUCACAAUGUUGAAAGCCCUUUUCCUAACUAUGCUGACUCUGUCGCUGGUCAAGUCACAGGACACCGAAGAAACCAUCACGUACACGCAAUGCACGGACGGGUAUGAGUGGGAUCCUGUGAGGCAGCAGUGCAAAGAUAUUGAUGAAUGCGACAUUGUCCCUGAUGCCUGCAAAGGUGGAAUGAAAUGUGUCAACCAUUAUGGAGGAUACCUCUGCCUUCCUAAAACAGCCCAGAUUAUUGUCAACAAUGAACAACCUCAGCAAGAAACACCUGCAACAGAAGCCGUGGGUGCAGCUGCAAAUGCAGCUGCAACCUCGGGCACAACCACUGGUGGUGUGGCAGCGAGGGGAAUGCCAGCCAGUGGAGUGUUGCCUGGGGGUGGUUUUGUGGCCAGUGCUGCUGCAGUUGCUGGCCCUGAGGUGCAGACUGGCCGAAAUAACUUUGUCAUCCGGCGGAACCCGGCUGACCCCCAGCGCAUUCCUUCCAACCCUUCCCACCGAAUCCAGUGCGCAGCAGGCUAUGAGCAGAGCGAGCACAACGUGUGUCAAGACAUAGAUGAGUGCACUGCAGGGACGCACAACUGCAGAGCAGACCAAGUGUGCAUCAAUUUACGAGGCUCCUUCACAUGUCAGUGCCCGCAGGGGUAUCAGAAACGAGGAGAACAGUGUGUAGACAUAGAUGAAUGCACCAUUCCUCCAUAUUGCCACCAAAGAUGUGUGAACACUCCAGGCUCCUUUUACUGCCAGUGCAGUCCUGGGUUUCAAUUGGCAGCAAACAACUACACCUGUGUAGAUAUAAAUGAAUGCGAUGCCAGCAAUCAAUGUGCUCAGCAAUGCUACAACAUUCUUGGUUCAUUCAUCUGUCAGUGUCAUCAAGGAUAUGAGCUAAGCAGCGACAGGCUCAACUGUGAAGACAUUGAUGAAUGCAGAACCUCAAACUACCUGUGUCAAUAUCAGUGUGUCAACGAACCUGGGAAAUUCUCGUGUAUGUGCCCCCAGGGAUACCAAGUGGUGAGAAGUAGAACAUGUCAGGAUAUAAAUGAGUGUGAGACCACAAAUGAAUGCCGGGAAGAUGAAAUGUGUUGGAAUUACCACGGCGGCUUCCGUUGUUACCCACGAAAUCCUUGUCAAGAUCCCUAUAUUCUAACAUCAGAGAACCGAUGUGUUUGCCCCGUCUCAAAUGCUAUGUGCCGAGAACUGCCCCAGUCCAUAGUCUACAAAUACAUGAGCAUCCGAUCUGAUAGGUCUGUGCCAUCAGAUAUCUUCCAGAUACAGGCCACUACUAUUUAUGCCAACACUAUCAAUACUUUUCGGAUUAAAUCUGGAAAUGAAAAUGGAGAAUUCUACCUAAGACAAACAAGUCCUGUGAGUGCAAUGCUUGUGCUCGUGAAGUCGCUAUCAGGACCGAGAGAAUACAUCGUGGACCUGGAGAUGCUGACUGUCAACAGUAUAGGCACCUUCCGCACAAGCUCCGUGUUAAGAUUGACAAUAAUAGUUGGGCCAUUUUCAUUCUAGUCUUCUAUAGGAGUCCACCACAGGCAUUUAAAUCAGCCAAAGAAUAUUGAUACCCUAAAGCACUAUUUUAUUUAUAGAUAUAUCUAGUGCAUCUACAUCUCUCUAUUCUGUACACUCAUCCAUAAUUCAAACAAUUACACCAUGGUAUAAAGUGGGCAUUUAAUCUGUAAAGACUCAAAGUUUGUCUUUAUUACUGUUUGUAAAUUAGACAUGAAUUUCUGGUUUUCUUUAAGAGAGUUAGCAUACACCAUCCAAUGAAACCUGGAUUCAUUCCAAUAAAAGUGGGACCAAGCAAUGAUGAUUUCUGUUUUGCUCAAGAAGUCACUACAACUCCACCAACAGUUUCAUAAGGAGGCAGCCAUCAUACCAUUGAAUAGGCAAGAAUGAGUUUUUUAACUGCUUUGUAAGAAAAUGGAAAAAGUCAAUAAAGAUAUAUUUCUUUAGAAAAUGAG